AUGUCAUUAUCCGAUAUAGAGAGUCACGAUGGACGGAGUCGCGGGAGCAAAGUCAACAAUGAAAACGGCCACUGGUUGUUGUUAGCUAUGGCGGAAUUCAAGGAUCCGUCUCAGUAUGAAUAUCUUAUCCACACAUCCACGCCCAGCGUGAAAUCCGGCUUGAUUAGGUCGCGUCCUGGAGUCGCGCACAGACUGGAAUCGCCUGAGGAAAACGAUGGCGAACAUCUUUACAGCAACGUCAAUGAGGCUUAUGUCGCGGUAGUUCGCACAUUUUUUCUUGUCUCCCUUCUUGUGGACAGGCACAAGGAUGCCUGGGCCCCAGUCAUCAGGAACGGUCUCUUCUCUCCAUGCUUGUCCAGUCACCUUAUGGAGCCAGGGCGCCAGAGUGUCGGCACAAGACUCGUAGAUUUCAACGGGUAUGCCGUCCUCUCCAGGUGUCUUAUUGUUGCGCAGCCUUUUUAUGGCAUCAGCGAUUUUUGCUUCAGAAGGCGGGUCGAAUGA